AGAAGAGAUGCCUGAAGGACCAAAAUACUUUUAAAGAAAUUGGUAUUUUACCUUUUUUUAAAUACACUUUAACUCUUUUUUAUUGGUUCUGGGACAAACGAAGUUGAUUAAAACCUCCUCGAUGUGGAUAUUUGAUUUUGUUUUUAUGAGGAUAUCAUCGCUUUGACUUUUAGCAGGAUUAUUUUUUUAAGGAAACCAGCAAAGAAAGCAGGACGUCUCCAGGGGAUCUGAUUUUUCUUCCCCGGCCGGACCGAGCAGGUCUCCCCGCCUGGAGCAUGAUGUCUUACCUCAAACAGGGCCCGUACGGCAUGAACGGACUGGGCCUGAGCGGAGCCGCCAUGGACCUGCUGCACCCUUCAGUGGGGUACCCUGCGAACCCUCGGAAGCAGCGCAGGGAGCGGACCACCUUCACCCGAACGCAACUGGACAUCCUGGAGGCUCUGUUCGCUAAGACCCGCUACCCAGACAUCUUCAUGCGGGAGGAGGUGGCCCUCAAGAUCAACCUGCCCGAGUCCAGAGUGCAGGUGUGGUUCAAGAACCGGAGGGCCAAAUGUCGCCAGCAGCAGCAGCAGAGCAGCAGUAAAGUAAAAGCACUGAAGAAGAAGUCGUCUCCCAGCAGAGACAGCAGCGGUUCAGACAGCAGUGGACAGUUCACGCCCCCCGCCGUCUCAAGCUCCGCCUCCUCCUCCUCAGCAGGCCUGAUCAGCACCUCUUCGUCUGUCAGCACCCCCGUGUCGUCCAUCUGGAGUCCGGCGCCCAUCUCCCCAACGCCAACCACGCUGCCAGACCCCGUCCAGCCCACAGCCACCUCCUGCAUGCAACGCGCCGUGUCCUCCGCUUCCGGAGGGACAGCAUCCUACCCGGUGUCUUACAGCCAAACGGCUGCGGCGUAUGGUCAGGGCUACACGGCCUCAGCAUCCAGCUCCUACUUUGGUGGCAUGGAGUGUGGCUCAUACCUGGCGCCCAUGCACGCCCACCAGCUCAGCCCCAUGUCGAGUGGCACCAUGUCGGGUCACGCCCACCACCACCACAUUGCACAGACAUCAGGCCACCACCAUCACCACCACCAUCACCCACCACACCCCCAUCAGGCGUACGGUGCUGCCAGCUUGUCCUUCAACUCCUCGGACUGCCUGGACUACAAAGAGCAGACGGCCGCCUCGGCCUGGAAACUCAACUUCAACACCUCUGAAUGUUUAGACUACAAAGAUCAGGCGUCAUGGCGCUUCCAGAUGCUGUGACCUCCUUCUCGAGUCAUCUGCUGUUGCCGUGACAGUGGAGACCAGGUGGAUAUGUCCAUGACUCAGGGGAGGAAGAAGGAAGAGGGUCUGGGCCAUGAUUCUUCUUCCAGUCCAGAACUUUCAAGAAAACUUCCUGAGGAUUUAUUCUUCCAACAAGAAAUCCUCCAGAGACAAGGUGGACUUCCAUGAUGCUGCUAAGACUUCCAGUUUGACCACUUCCACCUCAUCCAGAACCCUGUGGCCCUUUUGUGAGGGUCCACUGGAGAGUGACUUGCAGCACUUGUGUGUCAGCGCAUACAUUGUCAUACUUGUUCUUUUCAAAAUGUCAAUUAGACAUCAAGUUUUUAUAAUAAAGUCAAAGUAUUCAAACCUCUUUCUAUCUCGUGUGACCACCAUUUGUCUCAAUCUAGAGCAUCCCAAACAUGCUAUGGUACAGCCUGCUGGCCACGCAAGAACUGGGAUGUUUUCAGCUUCCGGAAAUUGUGUACAAAGCCUUGAAACUGGGGCCGUGCAUUAUCAUGCUGCUACAUGAGCCAACAAUGAGCCUCAGUCUCAGGAUGCCAUGAAUAAAAUACACCUGUGUUUGUUGUGUGUAACAUACGUCGGCUCACACCAUAACUCCACUGCCACCAUGGGUCACUCUAUCCACAACGCAAUAUUAUGUGCACAAUAUUUGAGAGAGUUCGGCCUUUUAUGUAGAUAGAAAAGGUUUUAGAUCUUGGAGGUCAGCUCAUGAGAAAA